CGCCACUAUAUUCAUAUCUCAAUUGCCCACUCAGCCCACUCUAAUUUUCGUCGUCUUCCUCACAAGAAUUCUCAAGAACCCUAAUUUCUUCAGAUUCUUUCCCCAAAAUUCAGCGAAAAUGAAGAUUGUUAGAGCGAAUGUUCAUUUCCAGAAAUUAGAAGCCAAAUGUUCUGCACCGGUGUUCUAUCAAACUUAUUUGGAGAUGAUUGCUGCACAGGAACUCUCCGAAUUCCUUCAUCUGGAAAUCGGCUCCAUGUAUGAAGACGAAGUUCUUGAAUUCUACAAGAAUGGGAAAGUCACAACGGUGAAGAUUUCUCAGAAGAAAUUGAAGAAAAAGCUCCAUGUUCCCAACUCUGGAAUUGAAAUUGGGAAGCUCCCGUCUAAGAAUCUGGACUGGAAAACUAUUGGGAUUUCUGGACAAAUCCCCUCUGCCCCAGCAAAGAAGGCCGAUCUGAAGAACGACUACAAACUGGUCUUGGAACUGGUCAUUGCAUGUCUUGAAUGUGGCUGUGGAGGACAUGCAGAUGACAUAACUCAAGAAAGGGCAUUCAUCAUCAACGCCCUCAUUACCAGAACCAAGGUAAAUUGGGCUAAACACUUCUUCAACUCUGUUUCAAAGCAUUUAGGGAAGCCCAAGCUGAAAUAUCUCUGUCAAGGAUUGUACCUUGGGUAUAUUUUGGAAUCCUUGGGUGUUUCUUCUGAAGGUAAGAAGUAUGAUUCCAGAUAUUGGCUCUACUAUCUGUCUUCUAAAGGAGAAAACAGAGCUAGUUCAACUGCAGAAGAUGAAGGCUCUUCAGACAAUGUCCUGAUCGUAAGUCUGAAGAAGUCCUCAAAAAGGAAGCGAGUGGUUUCUCCCUCCCCCAGUCAUAAGGAACCACACACUCUUGCCCUGGUUAAUUUAAAUCAAGUAGAUGAAGUCUCUGUUCAAGGAGAACUUCAGAAGAAGAAGAAAAGAAGAGUCUCCUCUCCCUCUACAUCUGGAAAUGCCAAUCCGGAUAACUUGAUGCAAAAUAAACCAAUUGAGGAGGUUUUUGCACAAGAACAGAAUCCUCAACAGUCUGACACUCCUCAAGACCAGAGUCUUCCAUCUCCUCCAUCACAAGCUCAAACUGAUGAUGAAAUCAGUUGCUUGAAUGGGAUCAACAACUGAAGAAUGAGAAGGUCAUCAAGAGAUGUUUGGGACUUCCAAUCAACUACUGUUGUUAUACCCCUGGAUGGCUCCACCAAAAUCCCAACCCCUCCCAAAUAUCCAAAAGUAUUUUAUUUCCUUUUGAUAUCCAAAAUAAAGUUUUUCCUACUCUUAUUUUCGCCUAGGGCCAAAAAUAAGAGUGUGUAAAAUACAACCUUUUGUUUGUUGUUAUUUUCCUUCUUUUAAACCUUUUAAUAAACAAAUAAAACAUUCUCUCCCUUCCUCUAAAUCCCUAGCCAAAUAUCCCUCACAAUCCCAACACAACAUCAACAAAGAGCCAAAAACCAUGACCCACAACCAGCCAUAUAUCCUGCCCAUAUUCCCCUUACAAUAUCCCAA